UCCUAUGUAGCUAUUGACUGUACAAUGGGUGUACCUUUUACUACUUCUAGCCGAUGAAAUGGAAAAUGUGAAAUAGGGGACAUUUUGGUGCUGUAAAGGUAGGGUGGCUUCUGCUGUUAAAAUACUUUAAAGUACCCAGGAUGAAAAGACUUUAAUGAGGGAGUUUCUGAGUUGACGUGCCGUGCAAUGGCCCUAGACGUCGCGGAGCAGAUGCCAUAUUCAACGUUGACUCCCGAUAUUAACGACGGCUGUAUUUCCUUUUUGCUUUGGUGGGACUAGUAAGGACCGUAUGUAGCAUAAACACAGCAUCCAUAUGUCACGAUAAAGCAUGGACGGGUGGAGCCCAAUCGUUGCAACAGCGUCAGAUAAUGAGCGAUCCAGCUCCGAGGGAGAGUACAUAGUGGAGCCUGGACCCGAAGAUGAAACCCGGGAGGCGGUGGACAGAGAGCAGCUGGGUAACGGGGAGAGGAUGGACGACGGGGAUGCCGCUGCUGUUGGGUUUGGUAUAAGUGGGACUGGGGAGGGCAAAGUGGUGUUGGGUCGAGUCGGACAGAGAGACGACAAAGAACUCAGGUACCUGCACUUGUUGUGGGAGCCGGGACGAGCAGAGCUUGGCGCCGGUGGUGUGGCGAGCAAGCUGGGGAAGAUGACGGGGCGCAGGGCCAGGCGGCAGCACAGAGUUGUGCGGAACCUCUGCCCUAUUGGUAAAGAUAUUUAUGCUGUGAAAAGACUGAGGGAAGCGGCGAACAGCAAUGACAUCGACACAGUCCGAAAACUCCUGCAAGAUGACAUAGACCCCUGUGCAGCAGAUGACAAGGGAAGGACAGCCCUCCAUUUCUCUUCCUGCAAUGGCAAUGAGAGCAUUGUGCAAUUGUUGCUGAGCCACGGCGCUGACCCCAACCAGCGAGACAGUCUGGGGAAUACCCCCCUCCAUCUAGCGGCCUGUACCAACCAUGUGCCUGUAAUCACCACGUUGCUGAGAGGAGGAGCCCGUGUGGAUGCCCUGGACCGAGCAGGAAGGACCCCUCUGCAUCUAGCACGCUCCAAGCUUAAUAUUCUGCAGGAGGGAGAUUCACGCAGCUUAGAAACCCUGAGAGGGGAAGUCACACAGAUUAUUCAAAUGCUGAGGGAAUACCUGAACUUAAUGGGCCAGAGUGAAGCUAAAGAGAGGCUGGAGCACAUUUCGACACAGCUGCAGCACACACGCACCAAAGAGCAGGUGGAUGAGGUGACCGAUUUAUUGGCCAGUUUUACAUCACUCAGUCUACAGAAACAGAAUUUGGGGGAUAGGUAGAAGACAAAGUGUAUAGAGAGCUGGAGUCCUGCUCCUUUUCAAGCUAGCCUAGCCCAGACAAGCAAAUGCUGAACCGUAAUGCUGGGGUCUCCUGUCCUAAAUAUGUAUAUACAGUACUACAGUAAGUCAUUUUAACCAAGAUAAGACAAUGAUUUUGUUAGCAUUUACAGGUCAGGUGAAGUUUUGAUAGAUUGCCUGUGGCUCAGACUAAUAUGCUAACAAUGCUAACAGAAAUAUUGUUAUUUUGGUUAAAAUGAGAAGAUGCUCAAAUUUUAAUGUCCAGUACUGUAGUGUAGUAUAUUCAUUUAGCUUAUGGACAGAAAGAGAGUAUAACACGUUAGCUUUUCAGAAAAAUGAUGAAAGAAACCCCUAAGGGAAAAAUACAUUGAGAACAGGAAGCUAGUGCAACAGAAGCUUUCCCCGGAGUGCAGUGGGACCUCGGCUGUGUGUGUGUGUGUGGGUGUGUGUGUGUGUGUGUGAGUCACAGCUGUGUGCUGACAUGUUCAAUUUUGGCCUGCUAUUAUUGUGAUUAUUAUGAGAGACAUUUCUCAUGAAGUGAUUAAACAGAUUUCACUGUUGUAUUUUUGGUUUUCUUAUCAACAGCAUCACCAGUAUCUCGUUGCCUUUUCUCUUGUAUUGCAUGUUAUGUUUGUAUGUAAACUGUACUGUAAAAAAUGAUUUGGCUGUUGUUGGAUAUGGAUGUGUGUGAAUCAAUAAAUCAACAUGUUUGACUAUA